AGUGCAAGGAAGUAACGAACAUUAAGUAUAAAGUUCGUGGACCUAUGGAAGUUCAUCUUGUUGGCAAUUCUGAUUUAAAGUUAGAUAUUUCACAAUCAGUAUCGUAUUUAAAAGAGAAAGAAUAUCAAGUUGAAAUUUAUCAUGUCCACCAACGAUCUACUAAGGGCAUUGUUUUUGCACACCCUGAGCAACUUGAGAAACUUGAGAAUCAUGGAUGGUUGACUCUAAUUGAUUCCACCCAUAAAACAAAUAGAUAUGAUUGGCGUCUAUUUACACUGUACGUUCACGACACUUACGGAUGCUGGAAUAUAGGUGCGCACUUUUUUGUGAGCAGUGAGGAUAGUGACACUGUUGCAGAAGCUUUAUAAAAAUUUGCAGCUAUUGCCGUUGGACUUUCCGCUACAUCCUAUCUGAUCAAAG